CCGGUAUAGGAUCCGGUUUAAGUGAAAGUAGCGAAGAAGUUUCGUGAGCUGUCGGGUCUGUCUUCUGGCGAAAGAGGGAGAAAGAGUUGGAACCCCUCCCUCCCUCCCUCAGAUCUCUCUCAUUUUUGUUUUUCGAAAAAAUCAUCCGCUCCAUCAUCAGCAACUCCUGUCCUGUGCGAGCGAUCGAUUCUAUUUCUUUGGUUUAUUCUCAUCGGAAAUAGGGAUAUAUUAUCAGAGGUGCUGGUGUUUUUGAGGGGGAGAAUUCGCGAUGGAGACGGACAAUGGGAAGGGGUUGAUACUAGCAGUGGCCUCUAGUGUUUUCAUUGGCUCCAGCUUCAUCUUGAAGAAGAAAGGUCUCAAGCGUGCUGCUUCCAAUGGCACCCGCGCUGGGUAUGGAGGUUAUACUUACUUGUUAGAGCCUCUUUGGUGGGCUGGCAUGGUCACCAUGAUUGUUGGAGAAGCUGCAAACUUUGUUGCCUACAUUUAUGCUCCCGCUGUUCUCGUCACUCCUCUUGGUGCACUAAGUAUUAUCAUCAGUGCUAUUUUGGCACAUUUCCUGUUAAAAGAAAAACUCAAGAAAAUGGGGGUUCUUGGAUGUGUUUCCUGCAUCGUCGGCUCCGUUGUUAUUGUCAUUCACGCCCCUAAGGAGCAGACUCCUAACUCCGUCCAAGAGAUUUGGACUCUCGCUACUCAGCCAGCUUUUCUAGUUUACGUAGCCAUAACCAUCUCCAUUGUCCUCGCUCUAAUUCUUCACUUUGAACCUCUCUGCGGCCAAUCCAACAUCCUCGUUUACAUCGGUAUCUGUUCCUUAAUGGGUGCUCUCACUGUUAUGAGCAUCAAGGCUAUUGGAAUUGCCAUUAAGUUAACUAUGGAGGGAGUCAGCCAGAUCGGGUAUCCCCAGACUUGGCUUUUUCUCAUCGUUGCCCUCUCCUGUGUCGUUACUCAAUUGAUUUAUCUCAACAAGGCUUUAGACACAUUCAAUGCAGCAAUUGUUUCUCCUGUCUACUAUGUAAUGUUCACAACCCUCACAAUUGUUGCUAGUGCCAUCAUGUUCAAGGAUUGGUCUGGGCAAGAUGCAGCUAGCGUAGCCUCUGAGAUAUGUGGAUUCAUCACUGUGCUCACAGGCACAAUGAUACUUCAUGGUACCAAGGAAGAGGAACAACAAGCUUCUUCAGGCAAUGUAGAUUUGAUAUUUGGGUCUUCAGAAUCAGUAAGAUGGUACGAGUCAAGAAAGAGCAUGAACGAAGAACACCUGAUAAGCCUGUACAGCCCUGAAUACUAGGAACAAGUUGCCAGUCUCUAGACUCCCAAAUAUAGAUUUGAUAUGUGGCUAGAGGAAGAAGUCUCGUGGACUGAUCAUGAUGUGUGGUAGCUUUGUCUUGUUUUUGUGGUCGUCUCUUCUCUUCUCUGUACAGACAAAAAUUUGUCUAAUUGAACGGAACACAUUCUUUAGUUUUGAGCUGUGUAUCAAUUCUAAGUAUACACACAGACAGACACAGUACAGGUCCUUCGUUGUAUUCUCUUACUAUGGACUCGUGUCCCAAUAUAUAUGUAUCUUCAUUUUUCUAGGAUAAAAGAUGUUUCCUUUUAUUGUACUGGAAUUGAAAGAAACAAAAAGUUGAAAGUUUUUAUCAGA